GUGAAUUCCGUGCCUCUAGUUGAUCCGGAACACAGCGGCUCGGUGUCCGCUCUCACUACACUCAAAGAAGACUACACUUUAGCUGAGGGCUUUAUCACUAUUUAGUUGUUGCUUCUGAACAAAACUGAAUUACGUUGGUGGAUCAUUAAGGUCGAACAUGAGGAGACUCACUAAGAAGAAGGCUUUGCAUUUGGUGAAGGGUUUGGAUGCUUUCCCCAAAGUACCAGAUAGCUAUGUCGAAACCACAGCCAGCGGUGGAACAGUGUCUCUGAUGGCCUUCACCUUUAUGCUCAUACUCGCCUUCCUGGAGUUCUUUGUCUACAGAGAAACCUGGAUGCAUUAUGAAUAUGAAGUUGAUAAAGACUUUAAGAGCAAACUGAGACUUAAUGUUGAUAUAACAGUGGCAAUGAAAUGUCAAUAUAUAGGAGCAGACGUGUUGGAUUUGGCUGAGACCAUGGUUGCCUCAGAUGGUUUAAAUUAUGAACCGGUCAACUUUGAACUAUCGCCUCAGCAGAGGUUCUGGCACAUGACGCUGCAGCACAUCCAGGAGAGGCUACGAGAGGAGCAUUCUCUCCAGCACGUUCUCUUCAAGUCUCUGAUGAAGGACUCUCCCAGCUCUCUACCCCCCAGGGAGGACCACCCUAGCGCGCCCCAAGCUGCCUGCAGGAUACACGGGCACCUGUACGUCAACAAGGUGGCCGGAAACUUCCACAUCACUGUGGGAAAGGCUAUCCCACAUCCCAGAGGACAUGCUCACCUGGCGGCCCUCGUUAGCCACGACUCCUACAAUUUUUCCCACCGUAUCGACCAUCUUUCUUUUGGAGAAAAACUGCAUGGAACCAUCAACCCCCUGGAUGGGACGGAGAAGAUCUCCCCUGACCAUAACCACAUGUUCCAGUACUUCAUCACCAUAGUCCCCACCAAACUCAACACCUACCAGAUCGCCGCUGAUACACACCAGUACUCCGUCACUGAGCGCGAGCGGCCGAUCAACCACGCUGCAGGCAGUCACGGUGUGUCUGGGAUCUUCAUGAAGUAUGACAUCAGCUCUCUGAUGGUCCGCGUCACAGAGCAGCACAUGCCCUUCUGGAAGUUCCUGGUGCGCCUUUGUGGCAUCGUCGGAGGAAUCUUCUCCACCACAGGCAUGCUUCAUGGAAUGAUGGGCUUCCUGCUGGAUGUAUUGUGUUGUCACUUUCAACUAGGACUUUACAGACUUAAGGAGGACCCACUUCUGGACCAGCAUGCUGGAAAGGACAAUGUGAUUCCCGCAGUUGGCCCCUCCCCCCUCCCUAACACACACGCUCCCUCCAGCCCUCUCAUUCUGGAGGAAAGCGUAUCCUAAGAUGAAGGAUGGAUUGAUUCAGUGAUCGUUUACACUUUUUUUAUAUUUAUACUUUUUUAUUUGGUUAAAACAAACAUUUGGAUAGCACAACAAAUGUCCAUUCCUGAAAGUGUGUGGAAAGACCAUCAGUUACCUCACCUGACUCACCACUGGGCAGCGGCAGCAGAUGUCAUGUUUAAAGAAAUUAAUUACAAUCGUUUCGUUUUUAGACCAUCUCCAUUUUGUCUUCAAUUCUUUUGGGAACUAAUAAUGCAUUUAGAAUCUGGACAUCUCUGGCACAGUGUCGCCUCAUUAUAUUGCUUCCUUUUAAUGCUUAAAUAGCUUGGCAAUAAGCUAUGUAUGUCUACUGCUAAUGAACCAACCAAAUGUCCAUUUUAUGUAGCAUUUCACUUUUUCGUUGCUAAACUCGAUCUCUGCACUACUGUCACACUGAGACACAGUCGCAUCAAAGUAAGAGAGAGAGAGAGAGAAAGAAAGAGAGCUUUAGAGCUUUUUUAUCUGUUUAAAUUCCUUACAUUACUUUAAUUAUUUAUUUUUGUAUGUGUAUGAUUGAGCCACUACUAGCCACUAGGUUUUCAGAAUCAAAUAAUGCCAUUGAUGGCACCGGCGGUUCGGUAUGCAAAGGUGCGGCACGGUUCGCGUUUUCACCAACAAUAGUGGGCGGGGUCCAGUCUUAGCUGUGAUGAGCAGUCUCGCAGUACUCGUAGUAGGGUACGACCUGAGACGUCUGAAAGGGUGCCACUGCCAACAAGUUCGAGCAACACGCGCCGUCCGUUGAUUGGUCGACAGAACCGUCACUUCCAUGCGACGGGGAUAAUAAACAAACCCAGCGAGAUAUUUCUGGACUAGGACGAAAGCUUCAUUUAUUGAAGAAAAUGUGGCGCAAAGUGCAUCUAACAUGUCUUUCAGGUCCCGUCCACCCGGAAACGAUUUUUUUGUGAAACCAUGUCUUUAAUAACCAUGUUAUUAGGCAGAUAAUAAACCAUGUUUAAUAGGUUAAUGGUCCCACUGGUUUCAAAUAAAACCAGACCUAUGCGGUUUUGUGUUAGGAUUCGUGUGGACGCCUAAAGCGACGUUAGAAUUGUGUUGAAAGUCAGUUUUUUUUUUGUAUUUUUGUAGCUUUAAAUACAGCCCCUUAAUCAAUUUAAUUACUAACUACAUAAAAAAGUAUUUCUACUCGAUCUAAAAGGUUAAACAACUACUAUCUCCUCGGCUUGAAUGUUUUUAUACAGCGCGCAGGCUGGAUGCGCGCAUGCUUGAUGCGCUCCACUUUUUUUUGUGGAGAACCAGCGCCUUGAAUAUGUAGGUACUACAGCGUUUGUACAGCUCGUUGCGUUUCCGCAAUGAUUCCGCCUUUACGGAGAUAUUCCUGAAACGCAUCAAAGGUAAUCGGAGGGGGAAAGAUCAUUUUCGACUUGUGGUUGCUAUUUAUGGGACGCUCCAGCGUCUCCGCUCGGACAUCCCAUAUGCCGCGUUUCCACUGCAGGGUGCGGUACGGUUCGGUUCGCAAAGGUGCGGUACGGAUUGCGUUUCCACUGCCAAAAGUGGGCGUGACCCGGACUGAGCCGUACUCGUUCUGCCCUCGUCUUCAGUACUCCUCCGUAGGGGUACUGAGACGCCUGAAAGGGUGCCGGAAAAUUCGGGCUACACACCUCCUCCGUUGAUUGGCCGACAGAAUCGUCACUUCCGGGCGACGUGGGGAUAAAAACAAAUAAACAGUAGCCUCGAGGUAUUAACUGCCAUAUGAAAAGCAUAAAGGCCAGGAACUGUUGCUGGACGACCUCCAUGGUAGCUCUUGGUGUGCCGCGUUCAACUUUUCCAUUGUUUUUAUUGAGCAGGCUACACUGUUUCGCGCUGCUAUGAUGUCACGAUGUUUACGUAGCUGCCGUGGCGAUCGACAUCCGGCCUAUCAUAAAGGGUACUGUCGGCGGUGGAAACGCGACCUCGGAACUGCGCUGGGCUAUACCGCCCCCUCCCUACCGGAUUGAGGCGAACCGAACCGUACCGCACCCUGCAGUGGAAACGCGGCAUAACCCUACAUGCCCACUACCUCCGUCAGUCAACGGACGUGGGAAGGCGUGGCUGACUGAUGGGGGAGUAGUCUUUGCAGAUGCAUCCGUCAGCCAAUCAAAUCGGUUCGCCGGGUUCUUCCCACUUCUUCCUGCUUGUUGCGAGGCAAGAUGACCCGCUUUCCAGCUUUCCAGUAUCGUCAGAGCCCGAGUCGCGUCACAGUGCUUACAUUUGCAUACGCGAUCCGAUUGGAUGACGGAUCCGUUGCUGCUGAAAAAGUUGAACAUUUUUCAACUUUUUGACUGAGCUGAAGGCUCCAACGGAACGGACGGAUCCACAAUGCAUUGCGCGUCUGUCCCCAUUCAAAGUCAAUGGAGAUCAGUCAACUGACGGAGGUAGUGGGCAUGAGGCGUUAGAGAGAGCAUGGCCACUUCGAAAGCCUCCCUCUCGCCGCACAGCAUCCGAAUUGCCCUAUGGAUGGUUAUGCAACCUAAUCCCACCAUUAGAUGGUCAAGGUUGACCGGGACCUCUCGGCAGCAGACCGAUUCAUUCAUUAAUUUAUUGAUAAAGUUCAGUAUCAAUGUAGCUUACUAUGACGUGCUACAAUGACAAGGGGCGCAUGCUAAACGUAGCGCUACACACUGAGAAGUACAUCGGUUAUUUUAGCAUGGACAACAGCGCUGGGAUGAGC